AUGCCGAUAAAUCACCUGGACCGUCCGAUCUUGAUCUCUCUCCUCUUCGUCUUGUUCCUUCUCGCGAUCUCUACCGUCUCUUCAUCAUCCGAAGGAAACCGUACUUCAAGAAACUUGCGUUACCAAACCCACCGAUUCUUCCCGAGGGUUCACCAUCCGUACUACGUGACUCCUCACCGCUCGUGCGACUCCUUCACUCGUCCUUACGCACGUUCUAUGUGCAUUGAGCUUCAAAGAAUCCACCGUAGCAGUCGGAAGCUCUCCCCUCCUCCGCCGGAGAUUGACCCAAGAUACGGCGUCGAUAAAAGACUCGUCCCUUCCGGUCCUAACCCGCUUCACAACUAA